AUGGUGUAUAUUCCGGCAACUAUACUUGGUCGAGGCUUUCGUUUGGCGGACUCCAAUGGAUUAUCAUCUGCAACACGCACAUGUAGUCAAUGGUCGAGUGAUUCGAAUGUAGUCGAUUCUGCUACGAAUGUUGUGAUUUUCAGCGGAAAACCGGGUUUUAUUCAAGCUGCUCAAGGUCUCGAGAUUACUUCUAUUAUUCUGUAUAUUAUCGCUGGAGUAUUGAUCAUUCUUGGUAUUAUCGAUCUCGCAGUCAUGCCGCUGGAAACCAUGUUUUUAGCUGCAGCUGCACUUCUCUUUCUCACCAUUAUCUUCUUAUCGGCAGCAUUAGGUGUAAUGAGUGCUCAAGGCCGUAGUAAUCAUCCCGGUGCAUAUCUAGAUUGGGCUUGGUGGAUCGGCCUUCUUGGAUUAAUCGUCACCAUAAUCUGUGUAGUGCUCAUAAUUGUCUUCGUUCUUGAUAUAUAUCAAACCAAUACACCUAAAAUGAACAACGGUAACGGUUUCACUCCAGGACGACAAAACUGGAGUGGUUUUGCACCAAUGAUAGCUGGAAAUUUGGUAUAUCCACCACCUUACUCUUUGUAUCCAUCUUAUAACCAAUGGCCAACGGGUUAUCCAGCUCCGGCACCGGUGUUACCACCUCCGCAAUUCUAUCCAAACUAUCCGUACCCUAGCUAUGGUGGUAUGUUCGAACCACCAGCGUCGCCACUGCUCGCGUCCUUAGCUCGUCAACAACUUGCUAAUAUAGGACGAUUUUAA